GGCCCCCGAACUUUAUAAAGUGCACUGACAAGCGACAAAUGCGUGGUCUAAUAUGGAAGGAAAAAGUAACUGAGAAGGCUUUCGAAACCCGACUAAAAUUUACUGGAGCAAACCUCAUUUAAAAUGGAAACCAUUUUGGGUGUUAAAGGAACUGAUUUCGUCAUACUGGCCUCGGAUACCAUGAUGUCCAAGUCGGGGAUGUGGCUGGAUGACGAGGUGGAAAGGACCAAUCGAAUCUCGGGCUGCUGCAUGAUGUCGACCGCUGGGGACGGUGGAGACUGCCUGCAGUUCUCGGAUUUCAUCCAACGGAACAUGGAUCUUUACAAGGUAACCAACGGAUACGACUUGACUGUUCGCGGAGCGGUGCACUUCAUCCGGAGCCAAUUGACCGCCUAUCGCAAAAGCAAUUGCAACUUCAAAGUGGCGUUGUUGGUGGGAGGAUACGAUUUGAGCAGCGGUCCCGAGUUGCACUACAUGGAUUAUUUCGGAAAUUCGGUUCCCGUCCGGUACGGUGGCCACGGAAUCGGCAUCAACUUCUGUACUCCUAUUAUCGAGGAGUUCUACAAGCCGGACAUGGAUACCCAGGCAGCCUAUGAUGUUAUCAAAAAGUGUGUGAUUGAGCUUUAUAAGCGAUUCGUUAUCAACUUGCGCAACUUCGAUUUGUUCCUGAUAAACAAAGAGGGCAUAACCAAGAUGAAUCGCAUCAACCUGGAGUCCUUUAGAGGGGAUUUCUUAGCUGGUCCCAAGCGAAGGAUAUAA